UUUAUUGGCGUGCGUCAGGAGGAAUGGGAAAGUACAAAGCCAUCCUUUUAGGCGAUCCUAAUGUGAGGCUACGAUUAACAUCAGCUUUAAACGCAAUGAGACUUGCUCCGGAUUGAGACUCUGUGAACUCCAGAACAUGUCGUCGAGCAAGGAUAUUCUCGCUGGCCGAACCUGACUGACCAGUUAGCAGAACGAGAGUUAAAGCUCUUCACCGAUGGGUGUAGCUUCAUGGACCAAGGUCUGCGUAUCUUGUUGAUGUGACCCUGCACCCCUUUCGCCUGCGAGAUCGAGUCCUCCUUCAGACUUGGAGAGAAAAGGGACCUGAACAGCACCUGGCUGCCAAGUGGACGGGAGCCUCAGGGUUCUGCUAAACACGCACUCACCUGCCCAUCAGCUGGACGGAAGCCGCAGACACAUCACACGGGAAUAAAGGUGGCGCCGCCAGAAGUCCCUCCUCUUCUAGGACUUGAGAGCCCCUAGGAGACCUAACGCGACUCUUUCAUGAACAAGAUAAGUAGCAUGAGGCUCUGGGCUGCGUUGUGUGUCCUGUCCCUCUGCUGGAGCUGCACCCCCGCGUGGAAGGACAAUUCCUUCGUUCGAAUCUCUCAAUCCAUAGCCUCCUCCGCUAACUUAUCCCAUUACUGGCUCUGUCAUGUCAAACCUUCCUCCGGGCUUGAUUCUGCGGACCCUCUGGUCAUGCCCGUUUUAAAUUUCUCUCAGAUCCCGAGUUUCCAAGUCACUUAUGACAUGAAAUUCCCUAAUGCUGUUUACCGAGUGAGGCUUGUUAGUUACGAAUUUCCUGUUCCUUGUUUCUUCCUCACCCCACCUGAGAGCUUGACAGCCACGGUUCCAGGUAAAUACUGUCAAAAGCCUGAGUCCUUGGGGCACAAGAAUUUGACCACGCCCCAUGGAAGAACUACUGUUGCUUGUCAGUAUAAUAAGACAUAUUUCACUGACCCCGUUUCUCUCCCUUUGAUUCGACAACGAUGUGCAAAUCUGUCCUCUGCCUAUGCUUCUACUGAACUAUGCAGAACCUGGAGGGAUCAAAACGCGACACACCUGAAGGGCACCCCCACCCCCUUACAGAGUUGCCAUAUGACUCCAUCAUGGACCCUGCCUCGCACUGACCCCUGGUUAGAAAACAUCUUGAGUCACCUUCCCCAAGGGGACAGCCUUAAUUUUCAGAACAUGACUGGAAUCUUAUGUGCUCCCAUGGGGUACGUUUUUGUUUGUGGAUCCCAAAAUGAGGCCUGGGCCUAUAAAUGCCUUGACAGUUGGCAUGUUGGUGGAACCUGCCUAUUGGGCUACUUGGUAACCCCAUUCUCUGUCCAGAAUGUUCUAGAAACUGUCCAUUGGACCAGUCCCCUCACUCUCCUCACUAGGAUUGCUCGGGACCUCCCUGAGGGAGACAGUUAUUUCUUUGGCUACACCUUCCUUCCUUGGUGGAAUGUGGCAGCUCACCAACAUGUACUGAGGAACCUAUCCAAAACCUUAGAUAUCAUUGCAAAUGAAAUGGCUGCCACCCUCACUGGGCUGCAGACGUCCUUGGAUUCUCUUGCUAAAGUUGUACUUGAUAAUCGUAUAGCUUUAGAUGACAUGCUAGCUGAACAAGGCGGAGUCUGUAUUGCUGCUAACGCUACUUGCUGUACAUCUAUCAAUUCCUCUUCUGAGGUAGAGACUCAUAUUGCUCAAAUCGGACAACAGGCUACUCGGCGCCAGCAAACCUUAGGACAUCAGAGCAGAACAAAGUUAGAUAGAAUGCGAAACUGGUUCACAGACCUUUUCUCGAGGAAACUGAAUGGGUUCCAGUCGAACCUAGGUAGUAUUCUCAAAUUAUGUCUCAUUCUUCUUCUUAUAGUUAUGGUAUUCAUAAUAAUUAUGUACUGUAUAAUUAAGAGCUGUGCUAAGAAGGCUAAGACUCCUAAGACAAAUAGGGAAAUGCCCAUGGUAAAUCUUUAAACCCCAUGUUUCAGAGAAGCAUAAAGAACAUUUCAUAGAUCAGGUCAAAUUGUUCCGUUCCACAACCUCACCUCGCCGACCCCGAUCACAGGAAGUGGUCAGAUGAGAGACGAUGUCCCAUUAUCCCCAAUUCCACAUGAUUAUGGAAUGGAGCAAUUGACAGUGGGAAAUUGUAAUAGAAUAAGUAACCAGACUCUGUGACCCCAUCUUGCUCAAGCCUGGCAUGUCAGUUAGCAACUUCUGCUUAGUCCUACAUGUAGAUAUGCUCAUCAUUAAAGGACUCUAACCUGUAGCCCAGAAAUUACUGAAACAAUCUCCCUGCUUGAGACUAUGUCCCCAAAGAAGAAAGGAAGUUUCUACCAAAAUAAUGAUUGUUUUUUAAAAGGAGCCUCUAUGACUGCACCACAGCAGCCAGAGUUUGUGAACCAAAAGGAAAGAAGUUUCACUGUCCCCCUUGGGCCCUUGCUGACAUCCAGAUGUCUGUGUCCAUCAACCACCUCCUGACCUCAAACCCUCUCUUUUUUCCCUUUCCCCCGACAUAAGAGAAGCCUGAAUUCUGUACUUUCUCAUGGCGGGUCUUUAGGAUGCUAGUCCACCAUCUGCUCAGCUUGCUGGCUUUCCAAAUAAAGUUGCUUUC